AUGACUUUCCCUGAACCGGCAUCGACCAGUAACUACGUUCGACUGAACGUCACCACGCCUCCCGGGCUCGAUGCUCUGACCACGUGUGUGCAACUUCACAUCUCCAACACGACAAACGGGGUGCUGUUCAGUGGUGAUCAGAUUGCAUUAACCUACUACGGACUAUUCAGGUUCUGGAUCAACGGUGCAUACAAACACGCCGGGACCAAUGAGACAAGUCUUAACCUUGACGAUGGCAGAUGCCACACAGUGUGCUACACCUGGCUGAGUCAGGAUGGCAGAUGGUCGUUCUACGUCGAUGGACAACAGGUCGGCGCCGGCUCUGGAUUGGCCACAGGUCACGUGAUCCGUACAGGCCCCGCGUGGAUUAUUGGCCAAGUGGAGGACUCAGGAGGGUUAUUUGAUGUCGACCAGGUAUACACCGGUGACAUGUCAUGCUUAAACGUGUGGGAUCGUGUGCUGUCACCGAGAGAGGCAGAUCUCACUCUGCGUAAGUGCGGACAGGGAGGCAACGUGUUGGACUGGUCCAGGGAAGCGUGGACGAUACACGGGAGCGUAUCACUCACUGACAACCAAUGUGACGCCUUCCGAUCCCCGAGCAUGUCUGCAUCGUCACAGUAUAACAACACAGAGGGGCCAGACAACGGUGUACUGGAUUUUCCGCUUUCUGGAGGUUGGGCGCCUAGAACACCUGAUCAACGCGAAUGGCUUAUGGUGGAUCUUCACAAGACGUACUUUGUAACGGCGAUUAUUACCCAGGGUAGAGAUGAACAAUUCAGUGGCCACAUGGUCACAUCGUACAGCAUCACAUAUGGCGAGCACAGUGGAGACGAGGUUACCUACAGCGAUGACGACGGACUGACGGUAACCUUCCCAGGGAAUACUGACAGAAACACCCCUGUGAGAAAUGAGCUGUCGUCCUACAGUGGCGCCAUCACCGCCCGUUACGUCAAGUUCCAUCCACUGACAUGGCGCGACUGGCCUAGCAUGCGGGCUGGAGUUGUUGCACAUUCAGCACUAGAGCCAGUGGGCCGGUGGCCUCUGAACGAACAAGAUGGCGCGAGAGAUGUUACCGGAAACGGAAAUGACGGCAUAGCUUCAGGACCUCAGGUGGUUGAAGGUCCAGGCGGUCCAGAAUCUCAAGCUUUCCUGUUCAACGGUUCCUCGCACAUUCGCAUUCUCAACGACGGUGGUUUGGACGUACGCUAUUCCUACACCAUACUAGCCCACGUCUACAUGGACCCUACAGUAGCAUCAGGACCUCUGUUCGAGUACGACUAUCAGGGGGACUUCAAUAGGGGAGUGUAUCUAUGGCAACGGAAUAAUAGCAUUCACACGGCGUAA